CCACGGGUGGUGUGUAGUGGUGAUACCUUCCUCACCACGGGUGGUGUGUAGUGGUGAUACCUUCCUCACCACGGGUGGUGAUACCUUCCUCAUCAUGGGUGGUGUGUAGUGGUGAUACCUUCCUCAUCACGGGUGGUGUGUAGUGGUGAUACCUUCCUUACCACGGGUGGUGAUACCUUCCUCACCAGAGAUGAUGUGUAGUGGUGAUACCUUCCUCAUCACGGGUGGUGUGUAGUGGUGAUGCCUUCCUUACCACGGAUGGUGAUACCUUCCUCACCAGGGAUGAUGUGUAGUGGUGAUACCUUCCUCACCAGGGGUGAUGUGUAGUGGUGAUACCUUCCUCACCAGGGGUGAUGUGUAGUGGUGAUACCUUCCUCACCAGGGGUGAUGUGUAGUGGUGAUACCUUCCUCACCACGGGUGAUGUGUAGUGGUGAUACCUUCCUCACCACGGGCAUCAUAUACUACAACAUUGCCUCCACUCUAGCUGAAAAUAGACAUUGUCGUUUGUAUUGAACUAUUUUUGGUGGGUGCCAACUGGACCUGUGGAUGCCAGCUACGUGUUUCAUCACUUGGUUUUCGCUGCGAGCCUGGAGAGUUGGCGAAGUGGCUCAAACAAGGAUUGGCUAGCUGGUGUUGGUCUCCGGCACUGACCAGGACAACUGUGAGAGAGGGUGGGAUGAUAGCGUAGAGGACACCUGUAAGUAGUAUGUAACACCUGGCUCUCACGCACCUGCCCGCCCCUCUCACACGCCGACCUCAUCCAACUUGUAAACAAACUGACGCAUCCAUCCCGCCAUGUGUACAAGGAGUUGUGGUAACAGGUGACAUCAGCCUGCUGGUGUCAACCCUGCCUCCCCUAGCCUCUUGUAUGGCCCAUGGUGUUCACUUCACCUAUUUGCUAGUAAUAACGUGUUAUCGGUGGCUUUGUUACAUUCUGCUGAGCAUGACUGACUUGAUGACCUCAAGGACAGAUCAAGGCCACAAGGACUCCAUUCAAGAACCACAUCUCCCAGCUCUAGACCUUCAUCCCUCCAGUAGUGAUCAGACCUCAUCCGACCCUAACGAAUCCAGUAGUGGUUUUCCCUUUUCCAGUAGCGAUCAGACCUCUCCAGACCCUAACGGAUCCAGUAGUGGUCUUCACCUGUCCAGUAGUGAUCAGUCUUCAGCCAGCCCCUACGAUGUCAGCAGUGAACAUCCCUCUCCCCUGACUUUAUCUGGUCCCCACACGGCCAGCUGGGAUGGGAUUCCAAGCAAGGUUUACACUAGUCAAGAUGCAGCGUCCGUAUCUGAUAACCUCUCAUACUGGAAUGUUGGGGCAUGUGAUUCUUCCACAGUGGCGAGUGGCUCGUUUUCACCAGACCAACACGCAUCUGGUAGCCAGCACAUCCCUUGUGAUCAACUGUCCCUCUGUGACCAGCAAACAUUUUAUGAUGUCAUCCCCGAAGAGCACCGUGUGGAGUCAGCCAGAGUAUCAACACGUCAUUGUGGAAACUUCGCUUCAACAGCAAGACAGCCACGGCGUCAUGCACCGAGGGGACCUGAGCCGUGUCUCAAUGAUGGCGGAAGUUACACGCCUCCGCUUGGCAGAUUUGCCAAACUGGGUAAAGUUUCUACACCUGGAAGAUACCAAAGCUCGUCCCUAGGACGUCCCUCUCGGAGGGGUCGCCUCGUAGUCACACCCAAAUUGCCAGAUGUCUUCAAGGAACGUGAGACGCGCUCCCAGACAGAACCUCCUUCUGGCAUGGCCACACCAGAUCUUCUUCAGGUGUCGUGGGUGUGGGAGUCUCGGCUGCCCACCCGGUCGUCGGCUUCUGUCCGUCGUCGACCGUCAUGUCGCGUGUCGUGUCGCAGAAGACCGCGCACUCGCCUGACACCUCGUCGAGCACCCAGCAGCAGUAGCACCUCCCAUCAUAGUCACACUCCGGUAGAUGACGAAGAGGUCGAUCAUGACAAGGGUUUCUGCAGUGGGGGAGAAAUGAGUGAUAACAGCGAUGUCCCUGAAGAUAAGAUAAUGGCGGUUGAUAGAGUAAUGCCGGAUGUAGUGAUGUUAGACAAGUGUAGUGUGGAUUGUAAGUCUAACAGAACAAUGACGACCGCAGUGUGUAGUGUGGAGGUCAAGGAGGCAGCUGCGCCCAGCACUGACACUCAGCAAGUCACUCUACGCAAAAAGACAAACUCUAGCUACCUGCACACAGUAUCUAAAUCACUUAAGCAAAAGUGGAGAAAUUCAGAUUUAUUUUUCCCGAAACUGUUCAGUGAAACGAUAAGUAUUAAAAGUAACGAGGUUAGCGGUAACAGAAAAAGCAUAUUGGAGAAAGCUAAAGACUUACCACUUCAGAUGAAAAAGAUUUCAUGUUUUUUGUUUAAAAACCAGAAAGGUGUGAAAAAUGUAGAUAUAAUCAUGAAAGGUGACGACGCUGCAAAGUUUUACCUGGAAAUGAAGAAGACCGCGGAGACUGUUGAUCGCAGGAGGAAGUAUUCCCGGCACCCCAGUGUUCCCAUUAUUGUCUAUUCUUCCGUGGGGGUCAAAGGACAGUGUUCCUUCUCACCAAGAAACAGUUUUAGGCGUUGUAAAACUUUAAACUGGAACCAGAAAUACAAAACUGUGAUGGACAGUCGUAGACAAGAAGAGUCUAGCGCACCGGCCAUUCUUGUCACCUCGGCAGAGGAGCAGGUCAUUCCUGACACCCAAGAUGGGGGCCAGGGUGUAGUAGCCCGUACUCAAGACAACACAUCCCUCACUCAAAAGGGUGUAGUAACCCGGACUCUGGAUGAUGGUCUGAAGCAGCACCUACACCCCCUCCAGCAGGGGUGUCGGGAGGAUAAGCAGCAGCAAGGUAGUGGUGGUGUGCUGGACAGGUUACUGGGUCGUCUCCGCCGACCACGCUCGCUCUCCACUUCUAGGUCCCGAGCCUCUAGUCGCAGUAGUAUGAGCGGCGGCAGUGAAGAUGGUCACUCACCUUCACAUUCAUCAGACUACGAGGAUCAUGACGAUGUUGAACGCACAGGAUCAGCAUCCUUAGUAGGACGAAUGCGAGGGCUUCGUCGGGAUAUGCAGAAAAAAAUAUCCCGGCUUAAAAGUCCUCGCGGUAGCACUUCAAGUUCACCCGGGCCGGUGGGUAGUGCAGACAAAGCUGGCACGUCACUUGCAGCACCAGCGAACCAGCAGCCUGCAGCCUCCUCCUAUGAGAGCAUCCCUACGUCAGCUCCUCUGGCGACAGCAUCAGGAAGCAACCGAUCAUCAUUGUCUGGGGAGGAAGCAGAGCCAUACACGGGUCCUUUCAUCGGUAGAGCUAGAGCCCUCGUUGACUGUCAACCUUCACCUUAUGACAGAGAUGCACUCAAGUUUAAGAAAGGUGAUAUAAUUGACAUCAUUGCCAAAAACCCCUCGGGACUAUGGAAAGGCUGUGUGGAGGGAAGAGUUGGGCAUUUUAAAUUCAUCCUCGUGGAAGAGGAGGUUGAGCGUCCAGCUCGUCGUACUCGUGCUUGGCGAGGAACAACGCCUCGCCGUGGUCGAGCACGUACUUUAGAAGAGAUUCUUACAAGGCUGCAUCUUGGCCAUCUUAUACAGGUGUUUGUUCUCAACGGAUAUGAAGAUUUAGAUCAGUUUCGAGACUUGGAGAAAGCUGAUCUAGACUGUCUUGGUAUUACCGAUCCUGAGACUUGUGCCAAACUGUUAACUGCUGUGGCAUUGCUACAUGAUGCUGACUCUGAGCCCGAGCCUGACCCUCCAGAAACUUUAGAGACCACUGAGGCUGCGCUCCGUCGUGGUGACCAUGGUCGUGAUUCAGGUUGCUACACUGAUCACCGUAGCACUCACACUGCAGUAUUAGAUGAAAAUAAUCUAGACACACGACAGUCGACUCCAUCUACAGACAAUUCCUCAGGUUACCAUUCUCGUGGUGCCUACAAUAUACCUGUAGGGGAAGCCACACAAACAUCACGUGAUGACCCACAGAGUUCUGCUCUUGAGUCCCCACCUUCAGAGUCGACUGCUACAGGUGCUGCUGGCACUCUACCUUCUUCUACCCAAGCUGAAUCUCAUUCCUACCGUGCCCAUCUUGCUACCGUCCUGCCUUCCAGCCCCCGCUCUCAGUCCCAUCACAGUCAUGCAGGGGAACAUAAAAAGAGGCAAGAUCCCCAUGUGGAUUUUGAGGCAAAGUUUGUUACAGCACGAAGUGUAUUUGAAAAAGAUUUAGUGAGGCGUGAGGUACCCUUCACUGUACGUGCUCAGAAACGUGGCAUGGGCUCUUCUCACUCCUUAACGGGUGAAACAGAAGACGGAGAAAAAUACGAUACCAGUGUAGCUGCUUCAGAGUUCCCCUCACCAUGAGAAUGUUGUAUGUGAAUUCUAUACAAUACCGACAAGAUGAAGAAUUAGGCAUGUGCAACAUCUGGGUACCUUUAAUUGUAGGCAUUUUGUCAUCCAGUGGCUUUAUCGAUACAAUUCAAGGACAUAAUGUGAAGACUAUAGAACUAUAUACACCAGACGAGGUAAUCAGUCCCUCAGCCUUGGAGUUGGUGAUGAGCACCAGUCUUGAAGAAUAUGAAGCACAGGCAGGAAGAUUGAUCCUGCUUGUGCUUCAGAUUCUUCAAGACUGUGGUGCUCAUCACCAACUCCAAGGCUGAGGGACUGAUUACCUCAUCUUUUGUAUAUAGUUCUACAGUCUUCACAUUAUGUCCUUGAAUUGUAUUGAUAAAGCUACUGGAUAGCAAAAUAUCUACAAAUAAAGAUACCCAGAUGUUGCACGUGUGUCUGACUCACCAUGAGAAAUUUGAGAGAAACACUAAUGUACCCCAGAUCCCCUGGUUACUAUUCCAUUUAUAGUCUGCAGUUAAAAACCCUUUAAUCUUGUACUCUAAUAUUUGUUAAUAUUUUUCGUGGAGUAAUUUACUCCAUUUUUAUAAAUUAAGUAUUCUGGGUGUUGCAGUAUGUCAUUCCCCUGCAUUCUGAAAUAUAAUCAAAUCAUUGCAUAUUAUAAAUUGUUGGUCCAAUUUAUUUUCUUCUCUGCUGGCAUUUCAGGGAUUUAUACUAUUUAAAACCUUAUGAAUGCAGGGAGAGGAAGUUAUAGAAAAUGGAAGUUUCAACACAAUCAGAAUUUUUUGUUGUAGGUCAACCUUUUGAUAGUGCAUUAUAACAUGUGGAACCUACCUGAAAUCACAUGAGAUUCCCCUGUGUAGAUAGUAUUGUACUGUGAGGUAGCUAGUGAUGUGAGAGGAUCAGUAUUUACUCGUUCACAAGUCUCCCAAGUAAUGAGUGGUGCCGUGCAGUUCCUGUUCUUAGUCUCGAGGGUUUUCCUAGAUGUUCCUGCUAUAGGAGAAAUGGCUGGGAGUAUUAUACAGCCAACUUGUAUAGCUUGUCUUUCAUUUGUCUCUAACACACAAUUAUAUCAAGUACUACCAUAUCAUUUUAUAUACAGUAUAUAUAUAUAAUAUAUAUAUAUCUAUAGCAUAUAUAUGUAUGUAUAUAUAUAUAUGCUAUAGAAGUAUCAGAUGCUGUAAUAAAUAUUGUAAUCAAUUCUGGACGUCUAUUAUACUUACACAGAAGUAGACUUAAUAUAUGAAAGUGCAAAUUAAAAAGAAAUCAAACAUCUCCCUGUUGUGAUCUAAGAUGAAUAUUCUACAUGAAACUUAGAAAUAUAUAGAAGACUUGUUAUUCAGAAAUGAAUUUUAUAAUACUGUGAAGAAAAAUGUUGAUCACUAUUAAAUUGCCCUUUCCGUGAACUUUUGUAUUUUCAUAGAUAAAAUAAAAUUAUAUACAGUAUUGUGUAUUAAAUUAGUUUUGCAGUUUAAUCAAAAUGUCAAAUUCAUUUGUUUUAUUUCGUAAUUAUUUUCAUUUAAUUGUUUAGUAAAAAGCAUUGAAGCAAAGUCUUAUAAUGACUCUAAUCAAAAAACGUUUAAAUGGUAGGUUAAAUAAUUUUAUAAUAUGUUGCUGCUGAGGACAGAGGAGCCUUGAAACUGUUGUACAUGUUUUGAAACACCAGAAGACUCUUAAAACUUAACUGAAACUCGUAGCAGUUACGAGCAAUUUCCUCACAUAACGGGUGGAGGCUGUCCUUGGCACAAUAUGCCGUGAUAAGCUUGGCUGUGUACUGAGCAAACAGGUAUGCCAGCAAACCUUUCAGCAUUUAGCCUUGUGAUGUCAAAUUUUGUAAAAAUUAUUUAUAGUCACUUAAGAUUGUAUGUAUUUUAAUUUAUGAACCUCCUUUUAUAUAAUAUGUAAUGACAGUGAUGCUUCUUGCUCACUGUCAUAAACGGAAACUCAUUUUUAUUUAUUGUGUAGUCUUGUAAUUAUUUUUCAAGGUGAAGAGUUUUAGUUGUGGAUUUCAAUUGAGUUUUAUGUUUCAAAUGAUGCGCUUCCUACAAGGUCACAUUACAAUAUCUUUGCAGUCGUAUGCUAAAUAGUGACAUUUUACUCUUCCAACUUUUGUAUUGUACAGAAGUAUGUCAUCACUAUUUGUAAAUAGUCUUAUAUUAAAAUUAUAGGUAAA